GAAAACCAUUCCUUCCUCCGUCUCCGAUUCGAUCCUCUCACAACCCUGAAAGAUAAACCACACUAAAGCUCCUUCCACACAUCUUUUACUCCAUGUUUACUUCCUGAAUCUUCAUCAGCACGGUCAUUUGGCAUAUUUCAUAUCACCCCUUGCCGUGUCGUGUCAUGUCGUGUCAGAGUUCAAGUGUCCUGCUUACAGUACAUCACUCACUGUUGUUCAGCUGUCAGUGUUGGUCUUUACUCAGUCAUGAUUAACACCUUCUGCCAAGUUGUUAUCUAACGUGCCACACUCCAUAACAUCUAGAAAAAGCAAGAUCGCCCCGUACUUGCCCUGCUCUGACCCUUUCUUUAGCCUCUACUGUAUGUGCACUCUUGAUCUUUGAUGCUUGACUUAUUCUUUUCACCUACAUUAGCAUCUCUAGACAAGUUCCUCACUCUUCUACCAUCAUUCCCUCCCUACUCCUUUCCCGCUCUUGAUACACUGUCAUGUGGUCCGCCUUCAUCGUGCAGGACGAGGAGACCACGCCCACGGCCAUAUCAGGCAGAGGUACCGAAGCACUAGCGAGAAUGAUAAGUGUGCAAAGUGGAGGAUGCAAGCGGCGGACGAAAGCGUCCUCGUCUUCCCUGAGCGACCGCCAGGAAGGCAAGAUCAAGCUAGUGUUCCUUGUGGCGACGGUCGGCAUCACGUUGACCGUCCUAGGGGUGGGGACGGAGUUUUGGGUAGAACUGGCGUCGUCAAAAAACUUUUACAACAACGAGACAUGCCUGGCUGCACACUACGGCCUGUGGAAGAGCUGCAUGAAGAGGCUCUGGGUCGCCGAUGUCGAUCCUGAGCGGGAAACCUGUGGGCCGAUCGAUCUCCUUGGAGAAUCAAACUGCACCUAUUUCAAGAUCUAUACAACUGGAGAAAAUACAGUCAUGUUUCGCAAAAUGCCAGCGAAGAAUUUGACUGUAACCUCUGCCAUGUUGGCUAUCUUCAGUCUUUUCCUGAUGGUGAUGGGAGCCGUUUGCAUUAUCAUGGCCAUAAGCAAAGGCGUGCAGUUCUUCCUAAAGCCAGCCUCAGUCUGUUUCGCAUUAUCAGGUGUCCUGGUUUUUCUGUCUCUCAUCGUUUUCCAUCAGUCAGUCCUUUCGUUUUUGGCAAGUGACCACUCCGUCCCACUGCACCAUGAACUGUCGUGGUCGGUAAUAUGUAUGGGAUGUGCUGGCACCAUAGUAAUACUUGCAGGGGUGUUAUUCUUCAUUCUUACUCUACCUUACAGUUUGUGGGAGAAAUGUCUGCCUAACAGGAACCCUAACAGCUCGUGACACUUUUUUGUGUAUUUUUUUUUUUUACUAAUGAAUUAAAUUUGGGUUUAUUUUAAAUACUGUAAGUAACAUACAGUAUGCUCUCUGGGAAAACAAGACAUUGUGUAUUGUUUUGUCAGAUGUUGUUCUGUACAUGUAUGAGAUUAUAAGACUUUAUUAUGACGGAGCAAAUAUAACAGUAUAUACUGAUAUUAAUAACACUGACUGUGUUAUAGUGUGACUGUUGUUUUUUUUGGCAAUGUACCAAUGAAGUGUGUAAAGAUUAAAGAAUGGUUAUGAUGAUAA